GGCAGUGGGAGUGUCUGUCGGGGGCCAUUGUGUACCACGCGAUGAAUUAUCUGAGUGGUUUAUUUUUUUCACAUGUACAUUAGUUGGCAGAUGCUGGACGACACAGAAGGAAUGAGAUUGCCGAGGGAAAAAAGUGCUUAGUCCAUAUUCGACUGGAGCUACAUUUCAGAACCUGUAAGAGAUGUUUUCUCUACUUCAAGUCACAAACAUGGACGACAAAUACGCAUCCAAACUGUCACCUACUGUUGAUUUUUGGGCAGGGAUUUACCUGGUCAUAAUUGCUUUUCUAUCUAUCGUGGGGAAUGCAGCAGUCCUGGUCAGUGCGGGCCGCCGCCUCGCUCUGCUUAAAGCUCCCGAGUUCCUGACAGUGAAUUUGGCCCUAACAGAUAUCGGCAUGGCCGUCAGCAUGUACCCCCUGUCCUCUGCUUCAGCCUUUAAUCAUGCCUGGAUCGGAGGCGACCCCACUUGCCUCUACUACGGACUGAUGGGUAUGAUUUUCAGCGUGACUAGCAUCAUGACUCUGGCUGUGAUGGGGAUGGUCAGGUUCUUGGUGACAGGAAGUCCGCCCAAGAAAGGUAUCACGUUCCAGAGGCGAACCAUCAGUAUUGUUAUCUGUGGGAUCUGGCUGUACGCCGGCCUGUGGGCCUUGUUUCCUCUGCUUGGCUGGGGAAGCUACGGGCCGGAGCCGUUCGGACUCGCCUGCUCGAUAGACUGGACCGGCUACGGGGAGUCCCUGAACCAUGCCACUUUCAUCAUGUUUCUGUCUGUACUCUGCACAAUCCUUCCCUGCCUGGUCAUUCUCUUCACUUACUUCGGCAUAGCUUGGAAGCUGCACAGGGCCUACCAAUCCAUCCAGAGUAACGAUUUUCAGAACAGCAAUAUCGAAAAGAAAAUCACCCUCAUGGCUGUGAUGAUCAGUUUGGGUUUCCUCGUAGCCUGGAGCCCCUACGUUGCUGUCAGCUUCUGGAGCAUGUUUCACUCACGGGAGCAGGGCCGCAUGACUCCAUUCAUCAGCCUGUUGCCCUGCCUCUUUGCGAAGAGCUCCACCGUGUACAACCCUUUCAUAUAUUUCAUCUUCCAGCGUACCUCCGCGCCCAGGCUCCUCCUUUUCAAGAGGUGCGUGUGCUGUCGUCACCACGCGGCCGGUUCGUCCGGUGUGGGAGCAGAGACCGGAGGUAGCUUGACCAAAACCUGUGCCGGCACAGAUGAAACAUACGCUUGUGUAAUAGGAGUAGGUGUCUCUCAGCUGGAGGGCAAGAAGACAACACUGGGCUAAUAUCUCUUUGUCUGUGUUUACACUGGUGUUUUUACAUUUUGGGAUAAACUGUACAUUUUGUUUUCCUUCUUUUUUUUUUUUUUGUUCAAGUAAAUGUUGAAGCCAAUCUCGUCAAGUUGAGCCUGCAACUAAUUAGCUUAGCCAAGGGGGAAAACAGCUGGCUUGCGUUGCCUGAACAUUACAAUAUCCAUGCAAUAGUGCUUUAAAAUAAAAUGAAUAACAUCAAUAAAUCUCAUUUGUAAAUGCUUCACAUAAAUGAAACCUUAAAAAAAAAAAAAACGGAUUUGUGGCUGUUUAUUCCAUUUUCCAGUCUUGGUGGCACCAAGUCGGUUUUAAGAUUAGGUCGACUAACCGGCUGAAUUAAGCUACAUAUCCACAUGCUGGCAUGAAAAAAAAGGUGGCAGUUUUUAUCAAAGAGUGGGAGAUGAUAGGAUGAUUCUCUCUCCAGCAGCAGCACCACAAAGGAAAACAAAUAGAGGAAAACUUUAGAGACAAGAAAGAAAAGAAAUGUUGUUGUUUGCAGACGACUGUCACCUGUCCUUGGCCUCCCAUCUACGAAUACGUGUUCUUUGUCCCUGGUGAACUCUGAGUCAAUCCCGAGGCAUCUUCAGCGAAAGUGCAGCUCGUUUGACCUCAACACGCCCGAGGCAGCCUCAGAAAAAAAAAAUGACGGAAAAUGGUAGUGAACUCUGAAAUCUGGUGUUCAUGACACAAACACUACAUGUCUAAGACUCUCUCCCGGAGAUGACAGCUCAAGCAACCCACGAGAACAUAGUAAGACAGUAACAAAUAAAGUGACAGCAGUUGUUUGCUUUUCAUCCAGCUGUGAUGACUACGCAGCUCGCCCGUCAAAACCAAGACACAUUAGCAUAUCCUCACAUAUGCUGUACAUAAGCACGGCAGCACAGAUGCAAUGGGUGACACAUUAAAGAUUCUUCCAUAUGCAAAAAGUACGUAUAUAUAAAAUGAUUAGAUUAAGCUAAGUGGAGCUUGGAAAGAACUAAAAGGCAAGCCUGCAGCACUUUGUUGGGAUAUGAAGAUGAAUAAAAGAGGAACACUUUAGAAUACAUGUGCAGUAUACUCUGUCGUUUCAGCAAGAUGAAUCAGAAGGCAUUUACAGUUCCUAUCAGCCAUUAGUUUGGCAUUACCUUCAUUUUGUGUCAUCCACCGGAGUGGAUUGCUAACAAACUGGUCAUAGGUUGCACCACUGAGGAGUGUGACAGAAGAUGAAGAGCCCUAUUAUGAAAAUGUACUUUUGUUUGCGUGUGUGUGUGUGUGUGGGAAUAAAGAAAAUGACGGUUUAUUGAAGGCUGGCGUUCUUUGACUGAGACACGUGUUGGAUGUACAGCUGGGCUGACAUGGGUGCUCUUACCCUACAGCAUUACACAGCCACCCAUCUCGUUUGCCUCUCACAUCACUGUAUUCAUUAUUUAAAUUGAUCCAGCUGAACGGGUGGCAUCAAUAAUUAACAAGCUUCAUAAGUGAAUUACAUCAGAAAUGGAAACUGUGGGUGCUGACAAACAUUACAGAGAGGUCAGAUCUUGCCCUGAGAGAAACAUGCGAUCACAACUAAAAAAAUAUAUAGUACAAGAGUGCUUUCAUCUCAUGUCCAUUCCACAGACAUUCCCUUCAGCAGCACCGGCUCGUUUUAUCUUCUGCCUAGUGUAGAUUCAUUUCAAACACUUUUUCACCAAUUACUGUUCACUGCAGGUUUCAGGCUUUACAGAAUAAGCACACUUUUGGUACACGCACAUCUCGCAUUUAUACUGGAGAAAUCAUAGGGAUUUUCACACAGAAUCCUCGGGUUCUGGAGGAAAUGGUCAGUUUACUGAUUCUCAUGCAUGCAGACCUUCAACUGCGCUUCUGCAUGUAGUGGAACACUUAAGAAGCCUGAGACGACGUGAUGCAGAGGCAUGUCUCUUUUUUCAAAUUCAAAGAUCCAAAGAAUACUGAAUAAGUAAAAUGAAAAGGACAACGCCGCUCUCAUGUUUGGUAAACUGAAGCCACAGCUCCUGGGUGAUUAGAUCAACUAGAAUCCUACAGGCUCCCUCUAAAGAAUAUUAAU